AUGGAUGUCUUUGAUAUGAGCAAGAUGAUGAGUGCAUCUGCAGCAAUAGUAAUGCAGGUGGCACUGGUCAAUGUUAGCAAAGGCAUGGUUAAUUGGUUUAGCAUGGUUGAACUUGUACCAUAUUGUAAUGGAAUGAGAGCAUGGAGAUUGAAACAUGGAAGUGGCAUGGAAAAUGGAGCUAGCAUGGAGUUUAGAACUUAG